AUGUUCAUAGAUGCCAAGGCAGGUACCUGUACGAGGUACCAGGUCACUUCCACCUACCCAGAAGAAUGCCCUGUAGCCUUUCUAGAGCGCGAUGAUACAGGCUACCUCGAGGCGGAAUUCGCAAAGCAGCACGACCUCCUCAGCGCCCUGGUGUCCCGAAGCCUGCUGCCCUCAUCCCCGAUGCCCUGGCAGCCCAGCGAGGAGGAGUCUUCUUUCCUGCUCACGGCUCCGGACGAAGACAAUGAGGAGCCCGGGGUGCAUGGCGAGGUGCACGGCGAGGGGCACGAGAGCCAGCAGGAAGAGGGGAGCUCAGGAGAACGGGAAUCUGUCGACUUUGCGGAAGUCGUGCGACCGAGCAGGGCGAAGAAGGAGACCCUCUUCUGGAAAACCUCGGAGCUGCAAAUGCAGCAGGCGCAGCAUCAAGCAUCGCAGCUGACGCGUGUUCGUCGCGCCCACGUCAGCGAGUCCGAGCGCGAGCGAACGUGGCGAACUCGCCUCGAAGGUGUUGUGAAAUCCGAAAGGUUCAGCAAUCUGAUCAUGGCUCUGAUCAUGGCCAACGUUAUCCUCAUGGGUAUCGAGGCGGGGUCGGCAAAGAGUUCCUUUCCAACUGAAAGUCAGAAGGACAUUCCUCAGAAGACACCAAGCAGACGCAUCAAAGACGCAAGUGGCCCGGUGCCCAACAUCACCAGACUUGGGAGCCACCGGUGCCAGGAUGGCGCGUCUGCUGUCAGGGGCAUUGUUGGUGAAGGUUUCGACUCUAGUUUGGCUCGUUUGCGUUGUGACCAGGACGACAUCCCCGACUGGUUCAACACUGUGAACGUCCUCAUGGUGGCUGCCUUCGUGGCCGAGACGGUCUUGAAGCCUCCCGGGCUGUGA